AGUAGGUUUUAGUAGCGUUGUAUUUUUAGGAUUUCUCCAUGUUGAUCAGGCUGGUCUCAAACUCCCAACCUCAGGUGAUCUGCCCGCCUCUGCCUCCCAAAGUGCUGGGAUUACAGGCAUGAGCCAUCGUGCCUGGCCAGUAGAACUCACACUUUUAAUCUCUGCAUUGUGCUUGGCAUGGUAAUAAUGCCAAUAUUUGCCAGGUGUAGAAGCCUAGGCCAGAUAGUUCUCAGGGUCUCAGGGAGAUGGGGGUUCUUGGGGCCAUGGAGCCAUGCUCCCCCAGGAGCCUGGAUUCCCCGCCUAUAUUGAUCCCUCUAUUUCUCCUCCAACCCUGGACACCUUCCUUGCCUUCUGCCCCUAUUCCUAAGUUUAUUAUCUCCAAGGAGGUCGGAUCCUUGUCCUAAAGUAGGGCUCAGGGCCUUGAAAUGCUCUUCUGUGAGCUCAAGACUGGUGAGAGCAAGGCCUGGGCUCCCCACCUGAGCAGAAUAGUGCACCUUGAGCCUGAGUGCAGUGGAUAAUGGAGGGAGAUCAAGGGCAGCUCCUUUCCCAGGGCUCCCCACAGAAUGCUGCUCUGCUCCCCAGCAGAAUUUUCUGCCCGCGCACCUCCCAGCCACGUUCACCACCCUUCUCCUCCAGAGUCAGCUUUAGAAGAGUUUCCAAAACUAUCAGGUCUCCAGCUCCAGCCUAGUGAGGGGCCCUCCUUCCAGGCCUGGACCCCACCAGGGAGAGGGCUGUCAUAGAAGGCGGCACAGGUGGCUGAGAGUUGAGGACAUAGGGGAGGCAAAGGUGGCUGGGGCCUUGGCUUCAUCCAUCCCCAUCUGGCAUUUCCAGAAGUUCUUUAUAUUGCGCUGCUAUGUUUCCUUGCUGCAGCUACAGCCCAGAAUUAGUCUGAGGACUUCUGGUCAUUUGCGGGAGAGUUUAAGCCAAACCAAACUCUGGCCUGAUCUCCCCACAUUGCCCCCCACUCACAGGACCCCAUACUUAAGAGACAAUUUGGGUCCUUGACCCUGGCACCAAAUUGCAUUCAUUCCCACUCUCAGCCCCCAAAUAAGCUUCCUGUGUGUCAGGCACUGUCCCUGUUCCUUCCAGUCAGACCAUCCAGCUGAGCACACUGUAUUCAUGGCUGGGUGCACGGUCCCUGAGGGAGGGGCUGGAGGCAGCUGCCGGUGUUUGGCCCAGGGCUCACACGCCAGGGCUUCAGUUAGCACUUAGCUGCCCAACUACUCUCCAGAUGCUUGACUCAUGGGCCCUGCUGAGCCUGCUAGCUGCAGAGCACCCAUCCCGAGGCAUCUGAGCCUGGCGAGCGGCCAGCAGGGACACCAGAGGAGCUCUAGCUCAGUUCUCAGACCCCCAGGGGGCACAGGGAGAGGUGGAUGAGGUCAACCAGCUCGAGAGAUCAGCAUGCGGCAGCCACUUCCCAGACCCUUUGUGACCCCAGUGGGCCACCUCGAGACGAGUGCACACCAUGUAAUCCAUCCAGAUCUCUGUAGCAGCCUCCACAGGCAGCUGCUCAGCCAAGUGGCAGGAGCAGCAAGUGCCAAGGAGGCCUUCCAAGGUCAUCUCUUCCAUUCCCCUGCAUCCAAGUAGGAAAGGCCACAUCCUUUUUUUGCAUGCCCCUGUCAGUGACUCACAGUCCUGGUGCCUGGAAAGAUCUUCUGAGUGUCUGGUCUCAGUCUUUCCUGUUGUGGGCCACGUUCAUCUCUAGUUCAGCUCUCACAGCAGUGAGAAUAAGUGUCCUAGUGCCUUGGUCCUCAGUGACCUUUGUCUGGCAGUAACCUAAGGCACACCAGGGGAGGAGACAGAAGAGGGGAAAGGGAAAAUCCAGAAUGUUUUAAAAAGUGAUUUUCUUCAUGUUUACAUGGAAUUAAAUGGCAUACGAGUCACUUUCACUCCGCUCCCACUGUCCCUUUGGGGUCAGGGUCAGGGCAGGUAAUUUAACCUCUCUGGCCCUCAGUUUUCCCAUCUCAUCUGUGAGAUGUUAAUGAUGAUGACACCAUCCUCACAGGGUUGCCCUGAAGAUUCUAUGAGAUAUACGUGUAAAGGGCUUAGCCAAGUGCCAUGCCUGGCACGUAAUAAGCAGUCAACAACAUCCGCUAAUGAUGCAGGGAGGGCAGGUGCCCCAAAUCCCAGUUAGCCAACAGGGAAAGUGAAGCUUGGUGAUUUCAAGACUAGUAAAUAUCAGGGACAAAAACCAAGGUCACCUGACCCAGAAAUCUAGGGCUCUGAGCUCACCCCCACCAGGAUGCCUCUCUUUGUUGGGCACCCCCUUGGGAGGAGGAAAGAAAGGACAAUGAUACUUCUUCCAUGUCUUUGGAUGGCAAAACCCACCUUCUUUGAGCAGCCUCCCCAGCUGCCUCUGGAACACCCAACAACAGACUUAGGGGCUGGCUCUGGUGUUGGGUCUAUGCCACUGUCUGCCUCCAACCCCAGGCCCCCACAUCCACCCCUGCAGCCUGGCUUUCAGAGAGUCCUUCUGGGAUAUAACCAUAGAGUAGGAAGUUAGCCUGUGGGAUCUCAGCCAUAUCAGCCCCCUCAGCCUCCAGACGUCCCACCUCCACAUUCUCUCCCUAACCCUUCCCAAGACCUGCCCUGGGGUGGGGCAGGCAGCAUAGGAUGUGAAAACCCUGAGAGCUAUGGAGUAUGCAGACCUGGGCUUAAAUCCCAACACUGCCACUUAAGGCCACCAGACUUUCCUAGUCUCCUCAUUGGUAAAAAUGAGGUUAAAAAAAAAAAAAGAACUAAAAAGACUUCUAAGGGUACAUUCCCCAGUGGCCUAGAGGUCCCUUGGAGACUUCAUUCACAUGGUAUGCCCAUGACUAAAGAGCUAGGUGUUACCCCUCCCAGGGCCCUGUGGAUAGAGAUGGACUGGGAUAGAGGAGUAAAGCCCAGGGGCAGGGACAGCCGCUAGUGGUGGGGUGAGCAAGAGGUGUUGGGAGCAGUGGGAUUCCCCGAUGUCCUUGGAUUCACUGUACCUCCCCGGUUGCUUCUCUGCCUGGGGAUUUCCUAAUCCAUGGCUUAAGGGGUGGUUCGAGGCUGAGUCCUGCCCCUGCCAGGCAUUGAAAAGAGAACCAACUCCUCCUCCCCUACCCCACAGGUGAGACUGAGGCUUGGGGGAGGACCCUGAGGACCUAGCCUGUCGUAGCCUAGGACAAGUCCCUGCACAGCACUCCUCCCUGACUGGGCUAGCCCUGUACCCUUCCCUUCCUGCUCUGGGGCUGGCAGAGGGGCCUCUGAGGUGCCAGGGAAGGCAUUUCAGCUCCGGGGGGCAAACACUUAGUGAGUACCUACUGUGUGCCAGGCACUCUGCCAGAGCUUGGAAGUGAGAGAGGAAAUUAUAGAAGAGUCCUGUAUGCAUGAGGUCACAGAGUGGAGGGGGCAGCAGACAGCCCCAUCAGAGCACCUGUCCUGCUAAAACGGGAACAAGACAGAAUAGCAGCUGAGACCUGCCCGUCCAUGACUGCACAAGCCUGGGGGGUUCAGGGGAGGUGGGGUUGGGAAGAAAAUGAUGUCAUUGCUUUUCUCUGAAUCUUUUCCCUAUAGCUGGAUUCUUUGGGCCUUCUUUAGAGGCGUGACCCAGGGCAGGGGGCAGAAAGCGGUUAUACUUUGAGAAUCCUGAAUGUUCCAGCCUAGAAGGAAUCAUCUCUUACAGCCCAGUCUCCUAUGUUUUAUGUUUCAGGAGACCGAAACAUGAGAGGGAAAGUGACUUGCUAGAGUCACACAGCCAGUUCAGUGCAGAGCUAGGAGCAGAAGCCUGCCCUGCUAACUCCCUGCCUGCUGUUCUUCCCACCCCACCCUAGACAUAGCUACACACAUGCACACACACCAGGACCAGGAUGGCACCAAGAGCACUCCGUGGGCUUCAGCUCUGGCCACUGUGUGUGCCCUCCAGGCAGGUGUGCUGGGGUGUGUGAGAGGAGACAAAGUGCAGGUCCUCGUGCAAAGGUGCCUGUGUCGGUGGCCAUGAUGUCGCCGCAGAUGCUUACCCCGCAACAGAUGCAGCAGAUCCUGUCACCCCCGCAGCUGCAGGCCUUGCUCCAGCAGCAGCAAGCCCUCAUGCUCCAGCAGCUGCAGGAGUACUACAAGAAGCAGCAGGAGCAGCUCCAUCUGCAACUCCUCACCCAGCAGCAGGCUGGGAAGCCACAGCCCAAAGAGGCGCUGGGGAACAAGCAGCUGGCCUUCCAGCAGCAGCUCCUGCAAAUGCAACAGUUGCAGCAGCAGCACCUGCUCAACCUGCAGAGGCAGGGGCUGGUCAGCCUGCAGCCCAACCAAGCCUCGGGGCCCCUCCAGACCCUUCCGCAAGCCUCCCCUGUCUCUCCCACAGCAGCUGUUUGCCCAACAGACCUGCCCCAGCUGUGGAAGGGUGAGGGUGCCCCCGGGCAGCCUGCCGAGGACAGCGUCAAGCAGGAGGGGCUGGACCUCACUGGCACGGCCGCCACCGCUACCUCGUUCGCUGCUCCCCCCAAGGUCUCACCCCCCCUCUCCCACCAUACCCUGCCCAACGGACAGCCCACUGUGCUCACAUCUCGGAGAGACAGCUCUUCCCAUGAGGAGACCCCCGGCUCCCACCCCCUGUACGGACACGGAGAGUGCAAGUGGCCAGGCUGUGAGACCCUGUGCGAAGACCUGGGCCAGUUUAUCAAACACCUCAACACAGAGCAUGCCCUGGAUGACCGGAGCACAGCCCAGUGCCGGGUACAGAUGCAGGUGGUGCAGCAGCUGGAGAUCCAGCUCGCCAAGGAGAGCGAGCGGCUGCAGGCCAUGAUGGCCCACCUGCACAUGCGGCCCUCGGAACCCAAGCCCUUCAGCCAGCCACUGAACCCGGUCCCCGGCUCCUCCUCAUUCUCCAAGGUGACCGUCUCUGCAGCAGACUCGUUCCCAGAUGGUCUCGUGCAUCCCCCGACCUCGGCCGCAGCCCCUGUCACCCCCCUACGGCCCCCUGGCCUGGGCUCUGCCUCCCUGCAUGGUGGAGGCCCAGCCCGUCGGAGAAGCAGUGACAAGUUCUGCUCCCCCAUCUCCUCAGAGCUGGCCCAGAAUCAUGAGUUCUACAAGAACGCCGACGUCCGGCCCCCCUUCACCUACGCCUCCCUCAUCCGCCAGGCCAUCCUGGAAACCCCUGACAGGCAGCUGACCCUGAAUGAGAUCUAUAACUGGUUCACCAGGAUGUUCGCCUAUUUCCGCAGAAACACUGCCACCUGGAAGAAUGCCGUGCGCCACAACCUCAGCCUGCACAAGUGCUUCGUCCGCGUGGAGAACGUCAAAGGUGCUGUGUGGACUGUGGAUGAGCGGGAGUAUCAGAAGCGGAGACCGCCAAAGAUGACAGGGAGCCCCACCCUGGUGAAGAACAUGAUCUCGGGCCUCAGCUAUGGAGCACUUAAUGCCAGCUACCAGGCCGCCCUGGCCGAGAGCAGCUUCCCCCUCCUCAACAGCCCUGGCAUGCUGAACCCUGGCUCCGCCAGCAGCCUCCUGCCCCUCAGCCACGAUGACGUGGGUGCCCCCGUGGAGCAGCUGCCCAGCAACGGCAGCAGCAGCCCUCCUCGCCUCUCCCCACCCCAGUACAGCCACCAGGUGCAGGUGAAGGAGGAGCCAGCAGAGGCGGAGGAAGACAGGCAGCCCGGGCCUCCCCUGGGUACCCCUAACCCCAGCGCCUCGGGGCCUCCAGAAGACAGAGACCUGGAGGAGGAGCUGCCGGGAGAAGAACUGUCCUAAGGGCCUGUAGGGACCGACAGGGCUGGGGUGAGACCCCUCCCUUCCAGAAUCCAGGCCCCAUCUCCCCUCACUCCACAGCCCCUCCCGAGCCUCAAGGCAAGUCCAGGACUCAGAUUGGGGAGGCCCGGGCCAGCAGCUCCCAGUGUGACCUGACAAAAACACGUGGGGGCAGGGACGGUCCCCACCCCCAGGGACACAGCCCCUGGUCUGGGACCAGCAGAGGACACGGAGGGUUCAGACCCCUCCUCAGACCCUCCCCACAUCUGAAACCGCCUCCCCCCUACCACCAGCAGCAGCAGGGCCCUCCUCCCCCACCAGCUCUCCCCACAGGGCCCCUCAGCACCAUGGAGACCCGCAGGCGGGGCUUAGCCACCCCUGUCAAACCCAGGGCCCCCUGGCACCUGGCUCUGGCCGUGUUUUCUGGCCAGAGGCCCCCACUCUCCUAACUCGUUCCUCCGCCUUUUCCAUACUGUGAAGAAAGAACUCUCCACCCCCAGCUCCCACCCUGCCGUGGCCUGGGUAGAGGAACUGAAGUUCCAGACCAUCCCCAGAAGAAACAGCCCCCUCUGCUGCUGGGGUGGGACUGUGUGUGCCCUGUGGGGGUCCGUGCGAGCAGGCCCACCUGGCUCCAGCCCUGCCCCCAACCUGAGACAGAACCAGGCUGAGCCAGGCCUCCACCCCCACCCCCACCCCUGUUUGCUGGGGGCUCCUCCAGCCACCCCCAUAGGAAGAGGCCUGGUACCGCCUCACCCACAGAGGUCUGUGCCAGGUGUGCUUCUGCAGGUGGAGCCAAGCUCCCCCUGAGGCCAGAGGCGGGGCCUGGGCCGGGAGCCCAGGAGAAGGCCAGGCUGGACCCCGGCUCCACACCCACAUCCAGCCUGCAGGCCUCUCUGCAGUCCUCUUACCCUCUCUCAGCUCCCCUUCCUCUGCAGUCGCCCUCAGCUCCCCUGCCCUGCCCGCCUCCCACCCCCGCCCCUCCACCUGCCCCAGUUAAACGGAUGACCAAAGACCUUUCUUAUGCCGGAAGCAAAAACCAAAACUUUUUGUUGGCUUUUUCCUUUGUCGCCUCCCCAGCACCUGCCCUCCCAGUCUCCCACCUCGGCCCCAGGCUGGAAGCCCUCCCUCCACUUAAGUUAUUGUUUUAAACCAAAGUUUACAGUGUCUGUUGGUGGCCAAGACCCUCUCUCUCCACCCCUCCUCCAUCCACCCCGAGGACCCUGGGGCUCAGUGGAGGCAGGGCCCUGCUCCCCUCCCCUCUGCUCCUGCCCAGCCUGGGGGAAGGAGAAAGGAGGGGAGGAAGCGGGUUCUCACCCUCUCGGGAGUGGGCAUGGGAGCCCUCCUCCCCGACCCUGGGCUGCUUCCUGGGGGCUCUCCAGACCCCUCUCUAGGACCAAGUCACUCGUUGUGCUGGGAGUGUGGAUUCCAGCAAAAGAGCUGGAAAAAAGUGAGACUCUCCACAGACCCCCUAUGGGGGACCCCAACUCAAGGCCAAGGACUGGGCGUAUCGGAUGCUCAUAACACCCCUGGCCUGGCCCCUUUACUGAGAAGACUCCUUGGAUAUUUCCCAAGAAUCCCCCACAUACACCCCUCACAAGCCACCCCUCCUGAGAGGCAGGGGGCCCUCUGCCCCCUCCCCAUGUAUUCCCCACCUGUGUUCCGUUUGACCAGCACAGAAAUAUUAAACGUCCUCUAUUCACCGGG